UUCAAAUUACAAUUUCUCUAAAAGAUUCAGGUCCAAACAAGUUUGGAGGAUUACAUACAGAAACGGAAGCCGUUUAAGUCUUUAAUACAUCCAUGGUUUAAGUACACAACAACGGUAAAAAGUGCUCACCGUUACCGUGUUCUUUGUUUGUGACGUAGUUGUCUCAUCCUUACGUAUUCCGUGUACGUUGACGCCGUCUGCAGCGCGGGAGAUCAGAACGUGUAGCAGCGCCUGAUGAGAGGGGUAAACUAAGUGCAGGGAAAUAAUAAACUAAUCUAGCCAAACACACACAGCUAUGGAUGCCUCGGAGGUAGAGUUCCUGGCCGAGAAGGAGACGGUGAAGAUAAUACCAAACUUCAGUUUAGACAAGAUCUAUUUGAUCGGGGGUGACCUGGGUCCCUUCAACCCCGGGCUGUCUGUAGAUGUUCCUGUGUGGCUGGCUCUUAACCUGAAACAGAGACAGAAAUGUAGGAUUGUUCCUCCUGCGUGGAUGGAUGUUGAGAAACUGGAGGAGAUGCGAGAUCUUGAGAGGAAAGAGGACACCUUUACGCCUGUCCCCAGUCCUUACUACAUGGAGCUGACCAAACUGUUGCUGAACUAUGCGUCUGAUAACAUCCCUAAAGCAGAUGAGAUCCGCACGCUGGUCAAAGACAUCUGGGACACGCGUAUCGCCAAACUCCGCCUCUCCGCCGACAGUUUCAUCAGCCAGCUGGAGGCUCAUGCCAAGCUGGACAACCUGACUCUGAUGGAGAUCAACACCAUACGAUCGUUCCUCCUGGAUUCUCUCAACUGCAUGUACAAACUACGCUCCAAUCUGACGCCAGGCUCCAGUAAGGGACAGUUCACGGACUUCUGAUCCACCAGAUCAACAAUCUAAAGAUCCAAAGCCUUGGAUCCUCACCAGGCCCUUCAUUACUCAAAAGACUGUUUUCUCAGAAACUGAAUUAACACAUUUGUGUUGAUGGAUGAUUGAAGCUAACUGAGUUGUACUCAGCUUUUUUAAGGGGUUAUUAGUUUUGUUUGAGUGAUUACUCCAUACAUAUGAAAAGCAUCUAGGCUUUAUAUGUAUCAGCUGUUUGAAAUAUGCGCAUAUUUAAUUUAAUCUAGGAUGAUCGUUGUUGUUGAAAACUGCCAUAAUUUUUGUACAUGUCUGUAAGUGUCAAAAUAAAUGUAUUUGUUUGUAUUUCUAGGGUA